GCGCAGAACAGGUUGGUCCACAAAUAGACCAACACUUCGUUUGCAAGAGCAGGCAGCCAUAAAAGAAACUCGCAGUUGACAGACGACAUGAGGCCAAAAUCUUUCCAACUCUUCCCGUUGCUGGGCUCACUGCUGCUGGUGCUGCCGUUGGCGCUCGAGUGCAACGCCAACACCUUGUCCAGGUGCGAACUGCGAGACCGGCUGAGACAGAACGUCUCGGCGGCACUCUCGGAACGCAACCAGAACCAAACGGACCAGGUUUUGCUCAUGCUUGUGUGCCACCUGGAUAAGAUCUCCGGCCUGAGCACAAGCAAAGUGCACGUUCUCGGUGAACGUGCCACCACCACCACCGCCGCCACCACCACCACGACUGUCUCCACCACACCUGCCAAUCAAACCAUCAUUGGCAACCAAACAGUCAACUCUAACCAAACACUCAAUGGGGCCAACGACACAAACGGAGGCAAUGACCUAGACCAGGAAGACCAAGCUUUAGGUGAGGACCAAGAAGGAGAAGAAGAAGAAGAAGAACCUCCGGCGGAAGAUGAAGAAAACUAUUACGCUGUGGUAGACGUAGAAGAAGCUUAUGAAGAGGAGGGCGAGUACCUUUACGUGGCCCAGGAAACCAACACUCACUUUUACGACUGGUUGAAGCUGUUGGAAAAUCUGAAUGAAGAAGACAUCCAGUUUGAUGAAGAAAUGCUGGCCGUGGCCAACGACCAAGUGUGCAACGCUGACGGCGACUCCGACGAUCACAAGAACGACAUGGAUUGGUCGUUGGGCAAGCACGGCAUCUUCCAGUUCUCGGACGGCUUCUUCUGUCAGACAACUGCUCGGUGUAGCAUGAACGUGUGCAACAGCACUUGCGGCGUGUUCACCGAUGACAACAUCACAAACGACCUGGAGUGCUUGUUCCGCACUAAUUAUUGGUGGUACUUGCUGAUGACAGCGGGGCCUAAUUGCUACCAACCUGACUUUUUUAACGAGUGCAAUUGAGCCGUCACUUACAAUGUACACUUUUUCUUUGCAAAAUAUUCAUUGCUAAUUUUGAUAUUACCAACAUCAUGCGUUAUUUUUCGUAAAAAUGCAACUUGCCUGUGUAUGUUUCGAUUAACUUUUUAUUGGCUGACACGAAUGAUCAGCGAUGAUGGAAAAACAACUAUUGUAAACAAAUCAAUAAAGAGAGAAUCAAUAAAAGGCGUGCCGCCACUCAAAAGGA